UCGAAUCUUACAGAUUCCGUGCCGUCAUUAACUUUUGAAACUAUCAGUUUUGUACAUUGAAUUAUUUCGAAAUGGAUGCACCCACUCUUGAUAAUUCGACAAUUGGGCUCGUAGAAGGACGGAAACGUUUGAGUGAAACUCGAAAUCCGGGAUUACCAACUUUGCCCAACUAUGGAUUAAAAGACAAAAGUGGUGGAAACAUAAUGCCAUGGACUCCGAUUGGACAAGCUCUCCGAGCUACUCAUAAUCAAAGUACAGAGACUUUAGGAUCACCAAAAGUCGUCAAAUUCAGUAUUUAUUUUUCGAGAGGCGAACGUUUAUCCAAUGAAGAAGAAAAUGGAAUCGAAUUAAACAUUGAAUCUGGAAAAACCGCCGAUACAAAAAAGCUAUUGUUCCACUUAGCAAAAGAAUGUGGCAUUGAUUAUUCGGCGUUUUCUGAAAUGUUCGCGAUUUGGAUGAUAUCCCCACUCCUUGAAGUUCAAUUAAAAUCAUAUCAUCGUCCAUAUGAAUGUCGUCAGGGAUGGUCAACACUUCUUGAACGAUUCGCUAAAGAGACUGAUAUUCAAUUAUUCAAUCAAGAUGAACCAAUUUUGAUGCUUCGAAGAAAUGCAAGUUUGACUUGUGAUAAAGAGUUUGAACUUCUUCAAGAUCAUCCCAAAUGUGCGAAGUACCUGAUCUACGAUGCCAGCGAAAUGCUUCUUCUCGGACGUCUCCACCUUCUUUCACUUGAGAAUACGAUUCGUGUUGCCGCGUUUCUAUUUUGUCUUCAAUUUGGAAACUUUGACGAAACACGCCACGACGUAGCUUUUAUCAGAAAUCAUAUUGACGAAAUUCUUCCCGAACGUACUUGUGAUUCAAUUGUAGCAACAACUAUUUUCGGAAAAGCGAUCAAUAAGAAAACUGUUCAAGAAGAGCGUUUAUUAUCCGAGUGGAAAAAUAUCUCAAAAAUCGGCGAUAAAUCAAAGAAGGAGCACGAUCUUUUAAUGGAACUAACACAGAAUUCAAGCUGUUAUGGAGCUGCAUGGUUUAGUGCUCAUAUUGAGGUUAAAAGAUCACGAGCAAGUCUACGCAACUUUGGGCAUGGUUUUGCUGAAAUCGAGGUUAACGUUGGAAUCAACGACAGAUUCUUAACUAUCGUUGAAUCAAACUCUGGAACUCUUCUCGUACAUCCAUUGGAAGAGUUAACAUGGCAACUUGAAGGACUUCAGCCCGAUCAGAUGCCAUAUUUAAUCGUGAAUUUGAGCUUUGAAGAAGAAAUCAAAAAUGGAAAUUCCACUACAAUUGAUAUAAGUAAUGAGACCACGCAGUUUUUGAUGAUUACUGGAAAUCAAACAUUCUUGAUUGAUGCUCUUCUGAAGACAAUGACUGGAAGAAGAUUAGAUAGAUCAAGUUCUGAUAGCAGCUCGUCAUCAGACUCAAGUACCAGCUCAACCAAACAUUCAAGAAUUAUCGAGUCAAAACUUGACUUCAAAAAUUGUACAGCAGGAUGCAAUCGAAAAUUAUGUUUUGCAAAAUUCAAGGACGGCAAAUGUACAGAAGUUGCCGGCAGCUUCAAGGCUUUUUAUAGUCAUGGACAAACUUUAUAAGUUUCAAAAUAUCGCUAGUUUCCCCUUCCACAGUGUUUGGAAAUGUAAAUAUUACAAUGGAUAGAAUAAGGGGAACAUUUUUAAAAGAUCUCACUCGUUUUCGCUUACAUGGAAGAAAAUUCAACAUUUACUAAUGUUUUUAAAGCUUGUACGAUUUUGAAAAAAAUAAAUAAAUUAUUGUUGGUG